AUGAACAGCUCGGCAGCGGGCUGGCAGACCGAGGCAGUGCUCAUCCCGCUCGCGUACCUCCUCAUCUUCCUCAUCGGCUCCGUGGGCAACUGCCUGGUCCUGGCCGUGCUGCUGCGCAACGGGCAAGUGAAGAACACCACCAACCUCUUCAUCCUCAACCUGGGGAUGGCCGAUCUCUGCUUCAUCCUCCUCUGUGUCCCCUUCCAAGCCACCAUCUACAUGCUGGAAGGGUGGGUGUUUGGGCCCUUCAUGUGCAAGGCUGUCCACUUCUUCAUUUUCCUCACCAUGUACGCCAGCAGCUUCACCCUGGCCACCAUCUCCCUUGACAGAUACUUGGCCAUCCGCUACCCCCUGCACUCAAGGGAGCUGAGGACACCCAGGAACGCCCUCACAGCCAUCUGCUUCAUCUGGGGGCUUUCCUUCAUCUUCUCAGGCCCUUACCUCAGCUACUACCAGGAGUUCCAGCUGGCCAACCUGACUGUCUGCCACCCCAUCUGGGAGAUCUCCCAGCGCAAGGUCAUGGACAUCUGCACCUUCAUCUUCAGCUACAUCAUCCCAGUGCUGAUCCUGAGUCUCAUGUGUGUGCGGACUAUUCACUACCUGUGGAGAUCUGUGGACCCUCUCCAAGAUGUGUCGGAGUCCAAGAAAGCCAAGCGGAAGGUCACCAGGAUGAUUAUCAUUGUAGCUGUCCUGUUCUGCCUCUGUUGGCUGCCCCAUCACCUGCUUAUCCUCUGCAUCUGGUUUGGGUACUUCCCCCUCAGUCACGCCACAUACGUGCUCCGCAUCCUCUCGCAUCUCAUCUCUUACGCCAACUCCUGCGUGAACCCCAUUGUCUACGCCCUGGUCUCCAAACACUUCCGCAAGGGCUUCAAGAAGAUCUUCAUCUGCCUCCUGCACCAGAAGGCUACCCACAAGGUGCACGUGGCCCAAGUGACAAACACGGUCAGCACGUUGGAGGCAGAGCUCAGUAAGGUGACCACGUCGGCCGCUCCUCCCUGCUCUGCGCGGGCCCAGCCCAGUGGGAAAGCAGAGCUGGUGGGACAGCACCAGGAAGCUGAUGGCUCCUUCAUCACCUUCAGCAUCAUCUAA